GCACUACCCACAUUGCACAGGCCCUACCCACAUUGCACAGGCCCUACCCACAUUACACGGGCCAUAGCAACAUUGCACAGGCCCUACCCACAUUGCACAGGCCCUACCCACAUUGCACAGGCCCUACCCACAUUGCACAGGCCCUACCCACAUUGCACCGGACCUACCCACAUUGCACAGGCCCUACCGACCUUGUAUUAA